CCCGUAGUGCUCAGAGACAUUUGAACCAUUUUUUAAAAACUUAACAAUUCAUUCAUAGCAUUCAGUAAAAAUACAAGGUAGCUGAUCUUUUCCCAGUGUCUACAUAACACGCCUCCAUCUGUUUGUAACCCUCGCGCGAUCCUAGAUUUUUGAGCGGAGUUUCUAAAACUUUGAAUCGUUAGGCGAAUACUGAUGUCUUUUGGAAUUCAACCACCCAUCACUUUUCGAGAAAAGCAGGGAACGGUUGACGCUCGGUGUUUUCUUUUGUUUGCAUAUUUCAUUGUUUUGAUUCUAUGUAUCACGAAACUAAGAGAGAAAAAUUUUUCAGUGUUUGUUCGAUUUCUACUUUAUUACAGGACGUAAUAGGAACGAUAAACCGACAAUCGGUUACUUCAGAAACAGGUUAGUUUGAGCGCUUUUCAAAUUCAGGUUAAACUGGAGUGGAAAAAAUUUAUACAGCCGCAAACCGGUUGUUUCAGCGAUACACGUCCAUCUGCUCGAUACAAUUUGAAACGAAACUCGUCCGACCAGGCAACAUGCUUCCAGCCAUAAACAGUCCAAAGGCCUUCGGCUCCGGAAGCCCAUAUCGAUGACGUUUCGCAGAAUGAUUCGCACGCUGACACUUGCUGCUGGCCCAGCAUUGAAAGCUGCAGCAAUUUGCGGAAGAGUCGGACGUCUGUCACGUUGGACGAUUCUCUUCAGUCGUCGUCGGUCCCGUUCUUGCAGGAUCUUUUUCCGGCCGCAGCGAUGUCGCAGAUCUGACGUUUUACCGGAGUCCUCAUAUUCACAGUACACUCCUGAAAUGGUCGUACGGGAAAAUCCGCACUUCACCAUUACCUCGGAGAUGCUGUGUCCCAUCGCUCGUGCGCCGACUGUAACAUCGCGUACAAACUCACUUAAAUAUUGAUAAUCUGCAAUUGUAGCAGCAGUACCCGGUCUAAUACAUGCGCCAGACACUUGUUACUUAUAUAAGCGUUGCCAACCGCAGCGCCGUAUUCUGCCUGUUUACAUAUCUCUGUAUUUAAAUACGUGUGCCUAUACUAGUGACUUUGGCGCGUCAGUCUAAGACAACAGGUGUCUGGCGCACUUGUCAAAUAGGUUACUACUGCUAGAAUGGCAGUUUAUCAAGAUGUAAGUGAGUUUGAACGUCGUGUUAUAGUCGGCCUACUUGCGUCUCCGAGGUAGCGAUGGAGUGGAGAUCUGCGCGUACGACAAUUUUCACAAGUAUACUGUAUCAGGAAUCCGGUAAAACAUCAAACGGAGCCGUGACGCAUGUGGCCUUCCACAACAGAAACCGCGAGCGACCGUAGGAACUAUUCGAGACGAACCAUCGUCGUUUAAUGACCGUGUCGGCAGACGGUGGAACGAACACAGCACAGUUCAGGGCAACAGCGUUCUACGAUUAUCGUUCCACGAUUGUUGUUGAACGAUAAUGGCAACAGUCGCAACAAGGAGAACGUACCUUAAGGAAGAACAAUCGUUUACACACCGUGGGCAAGUCGAUCUUCGCAACACGCUGUAAUCGUCAGUUGAAAAUUUCAUAUUACUCGAGGAAGUCGACAAAAGCGACACCAUCGGUAUAUUGUCAUUCAGUGCGUGUUUUCGAGACCCGCAUCGUGGUUUGCGGUCUACUGACGGCAACCUAAACACACCCGGGCAUCUCGAGUUCCUCAGAUGUGCUGCCGCCGCAGCUACUGGGGGACAUACGGCAACCAGUGUUUCAUCAUCGUGACCCCCGCUUUCUCACGUCUGGCGGCGGAGCCUCUGGAGAGAACACUUGGAAAGCACUGGAACGGUCGUUCAGAAAACGCGAAAUGGUCUGCUCACUCGCCAAACUUAACACUACCAUGAUAUCAUCUGUGGCAAAAAUUAAAACAAGCAUUCUAUUAGAAACAGCAAUGACUGCCAAAGGCACGAAAUGCCUUACAACACGGGCCUGUGCUGGCGGUAACUCCAGAUGUAUCUCAACGUGCAGUAAUAUUUCUCGAAAAUCAUUUUAUAGGGAUGCUCGUUAUCAACGUGAUGAGCACUUUGACAGCCGUGAUAAUAAACAGACGACAGUAUGUGAGAAAAUGUUUCUUUGGAAUUUUUUGGUAAGGUCUUAUGGGAACACAUUGGAGAGCUGAUCGGUCCCUAAGACUACACACUACUUAAUCUAACUUAAACUAACUUGCACUGCUGAAAAUACACACUGCCAUGUCCGAGGGAGGAUUCGAACCUCCGAGGGGGGGAGCCGCACGGACCGUGACAAGGCGUCCUAGACCGCGUGGCUACCCAGUGCGGCCCGUAUGUGAGUUCGGGUUUGCUUACAUUUGGUAUAAUAGGGCAUACAUUUGUGGAACCUGUACUCCUAACGAUGGGCAGUGGUUUGCGGGUACGUAUUCUGGUGAGUCACAGAGAAUGUUUAGAAUACAUCGAGAUAUUGAAGCGAGUGUGAUUUUUAAAAAAUACGAUGAUAUACUUUUUUUUAACGGCGUCCGAAUGCGCUUGAACAGACGAGUACAGGGAUAUGGAGAUUGUUGACUUUGGAGUUGAGCCGGCCGGAGUGGCCGCGCGGUUCUAGGCGCUACAGUCUGGAGCCGAGCGACCGCUACGGUCGCAGGUUCGAAUCCUGCCUCGGGCAUGGAUGUGUGUGAUGUCCUUAGGUUAGUUAGGUUUAAUUAGUUCUAAGUUCUAGGCGACUGAUGACCUCAGAAGUUAAGUCGCAUGGUGCUCAGAGCCACUUGAACCAUUUGAUUUUGGAGUUGAAACUUUUCGCAAAAUAAUCCGAGAAAUGUUCUAAGACUGAAAGGGAAGUCGGCCGGAGUCGGCUAUUGCCUUUAAACACGCUCAUGGUAGGCUACUUGUUUGUGUAAGCAUGUUGACUGUUUACUCGUCUGCAUUGCGGGACCAGCAGGAACUGUGUCUUUUGUCGGCAGGUCAUUUCCGCUGUAAGGCUCCUCGCACGCUGACGAGGAGAAGUUGGACGUGCCACUUCUGUACGGCGAAUGCCGAAGAAAUGCUGUCGAAACGGCAGGGACGGCCAUCCCGAUCGACGCUGCCCGUCGCGUGAGGCACUCGCACGAAUUACGAGGCCAGCAGCGCGAGCGGGCAGUUCCGGCGCCAGGCGGGGGGCGGCGGCGAGGGCUGCGGCCGACGCAGCUCACGAGGGAGCCGUCCUCGCUGCGGCGGCUGUUCAGUCCGCGGUGUGUCGUGCCGAGGAACGCUGGAUCGGCCAGGCGAGUGUCAUCCGCAUCUCGCAUCGGUACAAAUUCCACCCUCGUCGUCUGUCACAGCAUCAGCCGCCCGCAGGACGUGAUUUCGAACGUCGGUGCAGAAUUCUGCCGCUUUGCUCUGCGGUCCCAGGGACGCGACACUGCGAUUUUCCAACGUGUUACCCCUUUACCGAGGAAGCGACGCUCACGAACGGCAGUAAUGUAGAUUUACGUAACGUGCACUGCUGGCCAGCUCAAAGCCCACGCUGGCCCCGUCACGCACAGCACCGACGACCGUGGAGCGUAAACGCGUGGUGCGGCGCCAUAGGAAACUCCACCGUGAGUUCUCACGUCAUCGCAGGGGUGCUAAAUAAGCACCCUUCUCCACGAACACCCCUUCUCCUGGAAGACGGACCACCGGAUAAGAGUCAGCGUACGUGGUUCCGACACGACGGCUGCCCAGCGCGGUCAUCCGAUAGGAAGCAGUGCUGCACUACAGUUGCCUGCCGCUCUCGACUGCUCAUCUCUGAGGGCAGCGCUGGAAGGUGCAGCCUGUCACGGAGCCCCAGUCACACCAGGCUGUGUGCGCCGUCGCAUCCCCACAGUAGGCUACGACGUGACAUCCAGUCUACUUUGUAUCUGUUCAUCUUUCUCUCGAACGGCGAUUGCAAGUCUGCAGUCGAUGGUAAACAAUUCGAGCACGUAGUUAAGUAAGGUGUAAGGCUCGUUUCACACUGGGACACUUGUGACGGUCACUGAUAGAGAUACAUUCGUUUGAAUUGGAGCGUUCACAACGGGACACUGCACUGACCCACCGAGUCACGGUGACCCAGCAGUGACUCACCCUCGCCACAUGUGACGGACACCGACACUGUUCGCUGCGGUCACCGCCGGACAUGCAUUAACCUGUAUUGGAGUGUUCACACUGGGACACCGACCACAGACACAGCGGUGCAGAGCUGCCAACAGACAGGCAGCCGUUGCUGAGCCCAGUGGUUCUCCACACAGUGCAGCCAUCAGUUUCGAGUUCAUCAACACAGAAGAUUUUACAAGUCAAGUGGAAAGUCGUCCCGUUAUUUGGGAUAUGAAAAGCGAUGACUACAGUAACAAAGUCAUGAAAAUGAAAGCGUGGCAAGAAAUUAUUACGAAGUUUGUGCCUGAUUUCGAUGAAAAGAGCGUAGAUGAAAGGAACAAAAUUGGGACAAUCCUUCAAAGGAAAUGGAAGAGCUUAAGGGCCAGUUAUACCAGAGAGUUAUUAAGGCAAAAAACAGAAGAGAGUGGUUCUGCAGCGAGUGGUAGGAAGAAGUGUAUAUCUACUUCGAUCAGCUGCGAUUCCUAACAACUGACUGUAAGAACACUACUUCUAGUAUUGACAAUGAUGAUGAUGAAGACAGAAAUGAGUUUGAUGAAGGAGAAAAUUUAGAGCAGGAGGCACGUGAAAAAACUGCUGAGCGACGGCAAAAAAGGCCACGUGAAAGGAAGAGUCUUGAAGAAGAAGAUAUCCUAUAUAACAUUUUGAAGGAAAAGUACGCCAGAAAAGACAAUUCAUCACAGCAAGCCGACGAAGAUAGCUUGUUUAUGCAGUCUUUAGUACCUGAAUUAAAAAAAAUUACCCAGUCAUGCAAGAUUGAAAGUGAAAUCAGAUUUGAUGAAUGUCAUUAUU